CAAAAUUUACAAAAAAAUGUCUUCAUUCAACAAUACUUUAAUAUUUUUUGUUUUUACAAUUUUAUUAAUAAUUAAAUUAAUAAAAAGUGAUUGUAUUAAAUUAGGGGAGACUUUUCCCUGUGACAACACACAAAAUAUUCCUUGCUGUCGCGGCUUAUAUUGCCGACUUACAGCUGUCAAAAAUAUUAACCUUUAUAGAUGUUCUAAAGAUAAAUGUAAUACUGAUGGAAUGGGGUGUAAAAGUGAUAAUGCUUGUUGUUAUGGUACUAAAUGUAAGGGAGGUAAAUGUACAAAAUGUGCUAAAGUUUAUGAAAGUUGUGAUAUUGGUGAAUGUUGUGAAGGAAGUUGUAGUAUAACUGAUAAUAUUUGCAUUUAA